AUGAGGCGAGCAUUAUCAUAUUUGGGCGAUCACAAUCGCAUACCACGAAAAAGUAUUAUCAGCUUACAGCACUCUUUUUAUGUUACGCCGUCAAAUGAAGAUAUCUUAUCAGGAAAAUGGUAUCCGAAACAGAUCACCGAUUUGGAUUACAUUUGUAACAAAGUCAUCACGUACGAUUCAACCACUUCUUGGACACUGGAUGCGGAUCAUCCCAGCUUUAAAGACAAGGAAUACCGGAAGAGACGAGAAUGGUUCUUGGAUAUUGCAAAUGAUUAUAAACAGGGUACAAUUUAUCGUGAUUUGAAAGCAUUGCAUAGCAAAGUUGCAUGCAGAGAAUUUUUGGAUAAUUUCAAAUUGCUUGAAGAAUGGUGUGGCUAUUCAGAUAACCAAAUUCCACAACUGGAAGAUAUUUCGAAAUAUCUCCAAAGCAAGACUGGCUUCAUCCUUCGUCCAUGCGGUGGUUAUUUGACUCCUCGAAAUUUUCUGGCUGCACUGGCAUUUCGUGUUUUCUGUUGUACGCAGUAUAUACGCCACUACACUGAUCCACAUUAUACGCCUGAACCGGAUUUAUGCCAUGAAAUGCUCGGACAUAUGGCAAUGUUUCUGGAUCCAACAUACGCCCAACUAAGUCAGGAAAUUGGAAUUGCAAGUCUCGGUUCCUCCGACAAAGACUGUAAUGCCUUAAUACGGCUUUAUUUCUUCACAUUUGAAUUUGGUUUAUUGGUUGAUGGUGAAAAACUCGAUGAAAAGAAACGGAAUUUGAAAGUUUACGGUGCGGGAUUGCUGUCAUGUUUCGAUGAGCUUAAGUUCUGUGUAUCACCUGAGGCUAAAAUUUAUCGAUUCGAACCGGCUGAUGUGCUUAAAAUGGAACCUGAAGUUACAAAAUUCCAAAGAGGCUAUUUUUAUUCGACGAGAACAAAUUUUCCUGUUGCGACGACGGAUUUGCAAAUAAUUGAUGCAGCGUAUGAUUUUUGUCAAUGGUUGAAAGCACGGAAUUUGUUCUUCAGAAAAUCUCAGGCGGAAGGAAUUGAAGAUCAAAAAUGUGUGCAGAGUGGAGAAUUGAUGGCAAAUUUGGAAUGUCAAAAUACAGAUGCAAUAAGACUUGAUAUCGAUGAACUUGUUAAAGGAUGUGUAUAUCCAGUGUAUUCAAAAUCAGGUCGGCGUUAUAUCGUUAAAGUUUCUCCUGGAGGAGGUUUGGAAGCAUCACUACUUCUUCAGGCUAAGAAGCUAAAAGAAAGUAACACAGAGGAAGAUGUGUGCUUACCAAUUCUUCUUGAUUAUUACUAUCAUCAUAUGUCAAGUACCAACUUUUUCAUUCUCGAAUUCUGUGAAUACGGCUCGUUGGAAAAAUUGCUUAAAGAAAAUGGUGUAGUACCUAUGCAUAAACAGCAUAUCGCGAAAAUUUUACAUGGAGUUACUGCAGCAAUCUACUUCUUACACUCGCAAUGUAUUUAUCAUGGAACAAUUUGUACGGCUAAUAUCUUGAUUGACCAUCAUAUGGUAGGUCGCUUGACCGGACUUACAAGUGCACAGGAAGUUGCUGAAAAUAUGAACAAAAUUAGACAAUUACCUAUGUAUGCUGCACCAGAAUCUAUUCAUCCUAAGGCUGAAUUAUUACCGCAAGAUAUGUUUGCAAUGGGUGUUGUAUUGUAUCGAUGUCUCACUGGUCGGAUGCCGAAAAGAAAACCGAAUGGAACCAUCGAUUAUCAUGGGGUAAAAUCAUCAAUCACAUUACCAAUAGAUUCAAAAAUUUGGCAUACUGCGCAACUUUUGAUGUCCGAACGCUUAGAUAUGCGACUGACCGCUGGUCAAUUACUCCACACUGAUUGGAUUGAAACUGCAGCUACCACUCCGAUCACACAAAUUUUUAAUUGGAUUAAUUAA